CGUUUGUUCGGGGAUUGUCUGAGAAGCGAAGGAUGGGCUCUUAUAUUAGUCGCUUACGAACAGUCGAUCCGGAUGUUCUUUUCGGCUAUACGACUUACAAGGUUGUCAAGGUCAAAGAUAGAUAUUUGGGACUCCUAUAUUACACAUCUGUGAUAUGCAUUUUUGCAUAUAUCAUCUAUAGCAUAUUUGCGCAAGAACUGUAUCUGAAAAAGUCUCCACCUGUAGCUGGGUUUGUUCGGGCGAGUGCGAAACUCGACGUCAAUUUGUCCGCACCUUUACCUUCAUACUGCAACAUUGCACCUCCGGUCACUACCAAUAACAUUUUCAAAAACUGUUUGAGAUGGACAGCUCAGCAGAUUGUCUUUCCCUAUGAUGGCGAACUCGAAAGUGUGUUCCUCACAACACGGGUCACAAUCGCACGGACACCCACUCCGUCCGCGAUGUCGUGCACCGACUUUGAGACCGCGUGUCGUCCGCCAACGUAUGAUGAAUUACUGAUGCAAACAAACACUACCGUCUCCACCUAUUACAUUGCCAACGUCGAAAACGUGACCCUUCGGGUUGACCACGGUGUCCGGGUUCACUACGAUUCAUCCUUGCUAGGUCUCGGAUCGCGCGCUAUACCCUCAAAAGAAAUGGAAGGAAGAAUGUUGAAGGGCUGCUCAGGAAAUGACAAGAAUUACUUGUCUCAUUUAAAUUGGGAUCAAGAUUAUCGGAGGGAUAGUAAUACCUCAAAUCAUCUGGACACUUUUUCCAUCCGAGAUUUGCUUAUUAGCGCAAACUGCGAUAACACGGGGGCAAUGAUCGAUAUGGAGGGACCAGCUACGGCGGAUGGGGCGGCAAAUGGCGAGACCUUGCGAAAUUCUGGAUUUGUUAUAUCCAUACCCAUCGUUUAUCAGAAUCGCGGCGACUUCCGAAAAGCAGAAGAAAUAACAUAUCGUUAUAUCCCCGCCCAAAUUGACGGUACAGAAUUCAAAGUUCUUGAAACAAAACAUAACCCCGACGGGUCUCUGACAUACCUCAACCGGCACGGGAUACGUCUCGUAUUCGACCAAGCUGGCCAAAUUGGUCAAUUCGACAUGAUCGCCCUCCUCACGGCGCUCGUGGCUGCCAUGGCGCUUCUCAGAAUUGCAACACUGAUUGUGGAGGUUCUCAUGCUUACGGUCAUGCCACAGCGAAAUCUGUACAGUCAAGCAAAAUUUGAAUCAACGGAGGACUUUUCUGAUAUUAGAGAUAGGUUGAGCGAGAAGGUUGGCAAAGAUGAUUUAAAAGUAAGGACGACGCAGCCGCUCUCCGGUAGGCCGGAUGACGAGCCCGACAAGAAGGUGGAGGAUAUUGACAUUGGAGCGGCAAUGGGUCAGCUGUAUGGGCCGAACAAGGUCUAAGAUGUUGUGAUUAAUUAUUCAGAGCCUUUCGAAUUAUCGUUAUUAUUUUGAACCAAGGAAGCAUGGAGGUUGUCAGCCCAGUAGAGGUCGUCUAGUAAAAGGAUAGAAGUUUAUGUCACCUGUAAAAUUGUGGGUAAUAGAGUUGGCAGUAGUCGCUGGGGUGGAGCGCAGGAUGGAACACCAG